AUUGCGAGAAGGGCUAAGUUGCUACGGGAGCUACAGAGCUCGCCCUCUGAUGAACGAAGACAUCAUCUGGAGACAGAACUUGCACACAUCAAUAGUGAGAUACAAGAGCUGAAAAGCAAAUCUGAUGAAUCUAAGCAGUCGCGUAGAAAACAAGAAUCACAGCAGCUCUUUGAUGAGGCCAUGAAGGAUGGACACGUUAUUCUUCGCAACAUCAAUCUCCUACUCAUGGGUGCAGCUGGUAGCGGUAAAUCAGCGACAAAAGAUCUCUUGCUUGGCAAUCCACCCUCAAAAGUACGGAACAGUACUCCUUGUCGAGAUAGAAUAGCCCACGUUCGACCAGUCACCAAUCUCCAUUUCAAGAGUUCCGAAAGCAAAUGGGAGGAAGUGAGCGAAAAUUAUUUGAUCAAAAUGCUGGCUAAGGCCAUUCAGCAUCUACCCCAGAGCUCUCGUGACAAGUUGCCUAUUGACCUUCAGACCAGGCUCAAGGAAUUGACCAGUACCAGUGCAGCUAAUUCAACCCCACUUUCUCAAGAGAGUGUAUCUCCUGUGCAGCAAGCAAUCAAAGAUGUCGUCACUUUAGUCGUUGAAGCUGUGGUGUCAACACCUUCACAACAAGAAGUCUCAAUCUCCUCAACUGAAAGCAAAGAACUGUUUGGUACAAAAACGAUGCGUGUGACCGACAAUGGUGGACAGCCUCAGUUUCACGAUGUGGCCCCUCUCUUCAUUCGACAUGCUUCAGCAGGGCUGUUUGUUUCCAGGCUCACUGAUAAUUUUGCAGAUUAUCCCCACGACGACUUGUACAAAGAUGGAAAGUCAGUCGGUCCCUCAUCUCAAUCUCACCUCUCGUAUCUGGAAACCGAUAUGAGUUUACUGCGAUCCUUUCUCUCCUGCAAGAGGGAUGGGUACACACCACGCCCAAUCUUUGUGGGCACUUUCUUGGAUGAAAUCAAAGAUCAGAAGGUUAUUGACGAGAAAAACCAAGUUUUGCUUGAUGCUUUGCCUCCUGAACUGAAACAAGAAGUCAUCUACAGCAAUCUGCCAUUGAAACAUGUGAUAUUCACCGUCAAUGCUUGCAGUCGUGAUAAAAAUACACAAGAGGUUGCCAAAGAAAUUCGAAAAGCUGUGGAAAACUCACCUACUUUCGACCUCAAAGUUCCCCUGUGGUGGUUUAUCUUGGAAUUAGCUCUACAAAAGCUCUGCAAUAUCAUGAAAAGAGGUAUACUUAGUAAGAGCGAGUGCAUCGCUUUGGCUCAACAGCUUGGAUUCGAUCCAUCUGCAUUGGAUGCUGCUCUCGACUACUUCAAUGGCAUGUGCAUUGUCCACUACUACCCACACAUCCUGCCCGACACUGUGUUUGUGGAUCCUCAAGUCCCACUAGACAAGGUUAGUGAGUUAACACAACAUGCUGUCUCCCUGAGGGAUGUUUUACAUCAAAGGAAACGUCCUCAUUCUGCUUCUGCCAAGGCUGCGAAAUGGCUCAAGUUCAGAGAUCAAGGCAUUGUCACUAUUGAUAUGCUCAAAUCGAAAGAGUUCCAGAAGCAUUACGAAGACGGCCUCUUCACACCUGCUGAUAUGAUAGCAAUCAUGAUGGAGCUUCUGAUAAUAGCCCCUAUCACCAUUCCACUACUUGGUCAAAUUGAUUGCUCCUUCUCUCAAGUGGAGUUUCUCAUGCCCAGUCUCCUCAGAUCUGUUCCACCUUCAGAGUUAGAGCACCAUCGUGUAUUCACUUCCUCAGCUGAUCCUCUUCUCAUCCGAUUUGUCAGUGGCUGUAUUCGAUGUGGGGUCUUCUGUUGUUUGGUGGUGUUCCUAAUGAAGAAGUGUGGGUGGAAAGUGUGUCUUCCUUCUGGAGAGCCGAUUUUUCUUGCUAGGAACUGUGUCAAGUUUGGGUUACCCAAUUCUCCUGGUAGCGUUACACUGAUCGAUUCUUUCUCAUAUGUUGAGGCCCACAUCAAAGCCUUACCAAAAGUUUGUCAAAAGAUGUGCUCUGUAGUAAGGCAGAGUAUACUCGAUGGUAUCGAUGCUGCUUCCAAUGCUCUUCACUACGACAACGACAAACCAGUGAUUAGCAUCUUCUGCCCACACGAAGGAGAAACGCUGGCGUCUGAACGCCACUAUGCUGUGGUCUACAUUGACUCCAUGCUAUGGUGUUGCUCCAAAAAUAUCGACCUUGGUGGGGAUCUCAAGCCGAGUGAUGCUAUUUGGUUAAGUACAACCAGCUCUACAGAAAUUUCUACUGCUGAUGCUGCAGAUGCCCAAAUCGAUGACAUAGCAAGAAAAGUUGGAAUCUCUAUUCAAGAACUGGACAGGCCGUGCUCCCACGAUCAUCUACUGCCCAUCUCCCAGCACCUGCACAGCUGGUCCACAUAUGCCCACUAUCUUGGACUGACAAGAGUACACUUGGAUAACAUUGAGACCGACAUUCGAUUCACCGUCGCUCACACAAAAGGAUAUCAGAUGCUACUGAAAUGGCAGGAGAUCAACUGUGGCCGUGGGGAGCCCAGUCGCAAAGACACUUAUCGAUACCUGCUGAGAGGGUGCAUUAAGAUUCACAGUGACUUAGAAGUUGUCAGGGACAUUUGUAGACUCAUUAAAAAACAGCCUGUUUAGUAACUAUUGUGCUGCACUAUAAUUAUAAUUGUUGUUUGCACUUAAUU